AACGGGACUGCUGAAAGCUGGGACAAACUCCAUCUGCUUGGCUGGUGGUCUGCAGUGCUGAUGACAUGGGACGGUUGCCCACCUGCUGUGGCAGUGAGGUUUUGGCUGAGCUUGGGAGGCUGGCAAAUCUGUGUCUCCAGCCCUCUGGGAAGUGGGACAUCACAGUGUGGGCAGGUCACCUGGGACGUGGGUGGCCUUGUGUGUCCCGGUUGUGCCAAAAGUUGUGGGAAGAGAAAUGGGAAGCUCUGCAGGUGAGGUCCACUCUGGCAUUACUAGAAGCCUAGGUGCUAGUGAUGAGAACAAACCUUGAGGGGCUGCUGGACAUUGAAGCACCAUGAGCUUCAGCUAGUGGGAAGCCAAGUGCAGCAGCCUUCCCUUCGGGUGCUGGGACAAUAGGUUGAUUGCUGUGCCAGAGCCAAGUGGCAGCAGGUCAGUCAAUCCCAUUUUUCAAGCCAGUAUGUCCCACCUUGGACCUCUGCAAUUUGGAAUCACCAUUGGUGAGUGCUUUCCUUUCCCAAGUGAGGCCAGCUGCUCCCCAGUAGCCCAUCCUGCCCCCAAGACAAGGCUUAUCCCAGGGACGUGCUGGCACUGAGCUGCCGGGGACUGCACCAGUCCUGGUAACUUGGUGGCUAGGGAUGCCUAAGAACCUUAAGGUGCUCCAGGGCGUGUGUUCCUCAAGAAGCCACAGUGAGAGGGCAGAUGGGCAGGUCUCCCUCUCCAGUGCUUGCCAAGUGGUGUCGGCUUUUCCUUUGCACAAGUUCCCGGUGUUUGUACUCACGCAGCUGAUUAUCUCCCUGUUUCCUCUCCUGCCUGAUGUUUCCUGCCUCGCUUACUCCCUUUUGCUGGUUUUGCCCUUUGUGUCAGGCUUAUCUUCCGGCUCUGGGCAGUGUCAGAUCUCAGCGUCCCCCCCCUGCCCACCAUGAUGGCAAUGCACAGACCUGAGCACCCUGCCCUGGGUCCUUUCCUUGGGCUGCAGCACAGGGAAAUGCCAGCUCCCUGGGAGCAGGGGCAAGCUGGGACAGGGCAAGGAUAAUUUAGGAUACAUCUGCUUUUUAGCAGCUGAUCCAUCUCUCUUCUGAAGCUGGGGACCAGGUACCAAUUGGACCUUGGGGAGCUGCUGGGUCCAGUAGUAGGGUGCAUUUCAGGUACCUUUCACAUAGGGGCUGCAAAAGGACACAGGGACACAUCUGGGGACUUCCAGGGAGCAUGGGUGGGAAGGUUGUCACCCAGAGCAGCUCAGACUGCCUCCACCAGCCCCUGUGGGGCCAUAGUAGUAUCUGGGGUAAACACAGAAUCAUAGAAUAGUUUCAGUUGGAAGGGACCUUCAAAGCUUAUCCAAUCCAAACCCUGCCAUGAGCAGGGACAUCUUCACCAGCUCAGGUUGCUCAGAGCCCCGUCCAGCCUGGCCUGGGAUGUCUCCAGGGAAGGGGCAUCCACCACCUCUCUGGGCAACCUGGGCCAGUGUUUCACCACCCUCAGCGUAUAUCCUUGCUCUGGGGAGCUCAGCAGUUCUCCAGGCUCCAGGGAUUGACUUCAGUGAUGGGAAAGGUCCAUAUUUUCCAGGGUCUUUUACCAGCUGACACCUUUCAGACCAACAGCCACCAGAAAAGACUUGUUACACCAGCAGCUGGUGUCAGACAUGUCCAUGGGUCAAGGCAGGAGUGGGGAGGACAUGGAGAGUCCUGGCAGGACUUGCCAGGAUCAGGCCAAGCGAGGGGCACCCCACCAUGCUCAAGUGGGGCAAACAGAGACCCCGUGACAGGCUCCAGGAGCAGGGCGGGGGCAGAAGAGGAGGCAGGGAACGGAAAAGGGCUGCUCCUGUGACACGGCUGCGGAGGUGGAGCAGGAGGCAGGUCACAAACAGGCAGCACACGAGGAAGCGCUGGGACACCAGUGUGGCCAGGGUGGCUGCAGCAGCUCCAGGUGCAGCAGGACCUUCACUGGCUGGGGAAGGACCAGGAGCAGAGGCAACCAGAACUGCAGGGACCUCAUCAGGACCUGGAGAUCCUCUCGGCAGGAGUCUCCUUCCAGCCAGAAUAGCUCUUCAUUCUGCCAAGCUGGUUGGAUCCUGCCUGGUGCUUCCUUGGGAAGCCUCCCCGGUCUUCUGUGGGGGGUACCAUGGAAGUGGAAGCUUUACCAGCUUGGCACAGAUUUAACCCAAAUACCUAAUAAAAGGUUUGGAGGAAAUCCAUCCUGGGGAAGAAAAUUGCAGCACUUCACCAGCUUCAUUUGAUGAACUGGGGUUUAAUCAAACCCCAGAGUCUCCAGAGGUGCUACCUGCUGCUCCCUGGGGAGACCCUCCAGGUCACACUCAACGAUGUCACUGUCUGUGCGCCCGCAGCGCCGAGUCCUUGUCACCAAGAUCAAUAGGAGCCAGUCCUUUGCUGGAGUGAACUCGUCAGGAGACAGGCCCUUCAGGAACCUCUCGCCCUUCACCCCCACUGUCUCCCGCAAGACUGGCUCCAGGGUCAGUAGGAUGUUCUCAAUGUCUCACAAAUCCCCACCACCCAAGGUGCCUCAGCCCAACCGCCUGGACGAGGUGUACGAAGCUCUCAAGAAGGGCCUGACAGCCUACCUGGAGGUGCACCAGCUGGAACUGGAGAAGCUCAGCACUCAGAUCCGGGAGUCCAAGAGGAAUUCACGCCUGGGCUUCCUCUACGAUCUGGAUAAGCAAGUGAAGUCAAUCGAGCGCUUCCUGCGUCGCCUGGAGUUUCAUGCUAGCAAGAUAGAUGAGCUCUACGAGGCUUAUUGCAUCCAGCGACGGCUCCGCGAUGGAGCCCACAACAUGGUCAAGGCUUACAGCACGGGCUCGCCAGGCAGCCGGGAGGCACGCGAGAGCCUGGCUGAGGCCAGCAAGGGCUACAAGGAAUACACGGAGAACAUGUGCCUGUUGGAGAAUGAGCUGGAGAGCCAAUUGGGCGAGUUCCACGUCCGGAUGAAAGGACUGGCAGGCUUUGCCCGGCUCUGUGCUGGUGACCAGUAUGAGAUCUUCAUGAAGUAUGGGCGGCAGCGGUGGAAGCUGCGGGGACGCAUCGAGGUGAACAGCAAGCAGGUGUGGGACAGCGAGGAAAUGGUUUUCUUGCCCCUCGUCACUGAGUUCCUCUCUAUAAAGGUGACGGAGCUAAAGAGCCUGGCCAACCAUGUUGUGGUGGGCAAUGUGUCCUGCGAGACCAAGGACCUCUUUGCGGCUCUGCCCCAGGUAGUGGCUGUGGAUAUCAAUGACUUGGGCACCCUCAAACUCAGCCUGGAGGUGACCUGGAACCCCUUCGACAAGGACGACCAGCCCUCAGCAGCGAGCAGCGUCAACAAGGCCUCCACAGUGAACAAGAGGUUCUCCACCUACAACCAGAGCCCUCCAGACACGCCGUCCCUGCGGGAACAGGCUUUCUAUAGCCCGGGGCGGGCGGCUGACAAGCACGGUUGGUCCUUACUGGACAUCUUUCGGGAGACACUCUUCGAGAAGCUUUCUCAGAGCUGCUCCUGCAGCGACGUCUCCUCGGCCGAGCUCGGGAGAUGGCCGCAGCAGGGCCGCAACAUGCUGCGGCGCCAGGAGGAGCUGGAGAACGGCACAGCCUGGUCCAUUUCCUCGGAGUCCUCGGAUGACUCCUCCAGCCCCCAGCUGUCUGGCAGUGCCCGCCAUGCCACACACAAGCCCAUCGUGCAGCCUGAGGUGCAGGCGUCCGCCCCCGCCAUCGAGAUCUCCUUCUCCCAGCAGCCGGAGGAGGCUGGGGCUGGGCCUGGGGCUGGUGGCACCAGUGUUCCCCCAACUGGGAGCCAGCCGGAGGAGCCAGGCAGCCAUAAGGAGACAGUGGCCAACGGGCAUGUGCCCUACUCCCGGACUCUGAGCCACAUCAGCGAGGCCAGUGUGGAUGCCACAAUGGAGACCAAGGCUGCGGAAAGCCCUUGGGAGCCCAGCCCAGUGGACACAGGGAUGCAAGAGCAGGACACGGACUCCCUGCCUGGUGCCUCAGUGGCAGCUGUUGGAGCAGGACAGGACAGAGGGGCUGAGGCCAAGCCCCGUGCCGCUGUGGCGUGGGCCACCACCUAUGAGACGGAAGCCAGCAGGGCUGAGCCGGUGCAGAACCAGCAGCCAGCGCAGGGUGGCUGUGGUACCGGGGUCCCCACAGUGCUGGCACAAGCUCCCGAGGAGGAGAGGCCUGUCCUGGCCCCGCCACUGCCUGCCGGCAUCCCCGAAGUGCCGCGGGGGAAGGUGGUGGAUUCGGGUCUGGAGGAGGCCAUUGGCCUCCUGGGCUCAGCCCUAGAAGACUAUCGGGGGCAGUUCCCAGAGCUGCAGCCCCUGGAACGGGAGCUCAAACGCCUGGAGGAGAUGCUGCUGCAGAAGCAAGGCGUCUUCCUCAGCAGGGCCUCCAGCAUCAGCCUGACGGUGGAGCAUGCGCUGGAGAGCUUCAGCUUCCUCAACACCUCUGACAUGGAGGACUCAGAGGGCUCCGAGGAGGAGCCUCUCCAAGACGAGAGGAGGGCUGGCAGACCCCGGCGCGGCAGCAGGGUCCCUAGCGCUGGAGAGACAGGGGCAGAUGACAUGGGCCUGUGCAGCGGCUCUGAGGCCAGUACCGACCCCCUGAGCACCGGCAACGAGUUCCUGGAUAAGGCCCUGGUGCUUCACCUCAACAACUGCAACCGCUUGCUGCUGAAGCUUGGCACCUUCGGUCCCCUGCGGUGCCGGGAGAUGUACGCCCUGGACAGGCUGCUGCGGGAAGCUCAGGUGCUGGAGAUCGUGUGCCAGCUGACGGAAGAGCGAGCGGGAGCAGCCAGCUCUGCUGCUGAUGUGGUGCAGUUCUCGACACGGAAGGAGGGUGUGCUGCCCCUUUGGGACCACUGCGUGGAGGCACCCAAUGUCUACACCUGCCCCGUGGAGCGGUUCCUGCAGGUGCUCAGCACCCAGUACGCAGCGCACAUCAGCGAGCGGCACCCUGGCCUGGCUGAUACUGUGUGUGUGAAACUGGUGGAGGACGUGCUGAAUCGGCGGCUGCCCCGGCGGCCUGGCAGCACCCAGGGCGAGCAGGUCACCAUCUUCCAGUACUGGAGCCACUUUGAGUCACUUGGCGCCCUGGUCCUCGACACCUACAUGAUGGAGCUGGCAGAGGAAGCGCUGCUGGCGCAGAACCUCAACUCAGACGACCAGGAUGUGGUGUUGCGUGCCCUGAAGCGCGUGCCCGAGGGCCGCCUGAAGAAGGAGGGACUGAAGGCGCUGAGCCUGCUCCUUGUGGAAGGCAACAGUAAGGUGGUGAGCGCUGUGUCAGCCCAGCUCCGCAGCCUGGCAGAAAACCCCCGCUUCCGCCAACGGGCUCUCGUGUGCUACCUGGAGCAGCUGGAGGAUGAGGAGGUGCAGACGCGCGUGGCAGGGUGUGCGGCGCUGGGCUGCCUGAAGGCCAAGGAAAGCAUCGAGCAGCUGGUUUACCUGUGCCAAACAGACAAGGAGCCUGUGCGCGAGGCAGCCAAGCAGAGCCUGAUGCUGUGCGGGGAAGAUGGUAAAUCAGCUCACCGACGGCUGGAGGAGGCCCUGGACAGCCUCCCGAGGAUCUUUGCACCAGCCAGCAUGGCCAGUACAGCUUUCUGAGACAACACGCAAACCCACCCGCCAUCCAUCGGGGGCAAAGGCACCGCUGGGCCACCUGGACUUGCAUGGCCUGGGGCCAGCCAGGACCCGGCAGCUCCCGCACCGCAGUAUUACCCCCGCCGGCAGCUCGCCGUGGCCGCACACUGCCUUACGGAGCACCGCUUCGCCGGCCCCUGGCCCCACGGGGUGCCACGUACGCACCCCUGGGCAGGGGGGCUCGCUGCACACCCCACCCUCUGAUUGCUAUUUAAAAUACACAGGGAGCCCACCCUUCCUCGCCCCCCUUGUCCACUACAGCUGCUGGGACCGCAGCGGCAGGGAGAUGUUGAGAUUUCUCUGCCUCCUCUUGCCUUCCUCUUGCUGGAGGGCACGUGCCCUGUCCUGGAAGGACCUGCACUUUGGAAACCACCACGCUGUUUCUUUCCAGGAGUUGCGUGGGCUGUGGGGACUGCUGCCCUUUGCCACCUGGAGGCCUCCAGGACUUAAAUAAAAUGAAAUAUGAGAUAUUAAUAUAUUCUGCUGGCGUUUCUUCUUUCCAGCUCCACGUGCUCCUGUCCCUCCCCGGCUGUGGCUGUAGGGAGUGUAGCGAGAUGUGGCCCCAGCUCAGAGCCUUUCCUGGUCUGUUGGGAAGUGCUGUGGAGGGCAGGGGCAGGAGGAGCAUCAGAGAGACAGACAGACGGAUGGACAGAAGCUGCCACCUUUUUUUUUUUGUUGUUGCUGUUUUAUUUUAUUUUUUAUUUACAGAUUUUUGCAGAAAAACAAAAGCAAAAAAUUCUUUUCUAUAAGGUCUCUAUAAAUCUAUAUAUAAUGUAAUUACAGAGAACAACUAAUUUUGAUUUUAAACCAGAAAUAAAAACAAACCUUUAAUGAGC